GUUAAACUUUGUCCUCGAUGCCACUUUGGCAAAAUUUUGUGACUACUGCUGCUGCUGACUCUGCCAGUCCCGCCUCCCUCCCCCCCUUUCUUUCCUACCAGCUGAGCUGGGUAUUUAAGUCUGCACAUAGGGUCUGGCUAAACACUUUCCAGACUCCAGAGGAAGAGAAGGUAAAAGAAGGUGAGAGCAUAGCAGGAUAACUGGCAACUUUGCACAAGCUUUUCUUGUUUUGAAGGUGUGUGGGGUUUGUGGGUUCUAAUGUGCAUUGUGGACUGGGACCAAGAGACCAAGGGAAAAGAGCUGUUUUCGAUUUAAGGACAUUUGGAGAAAAAUCUGUUAAUGUAGGGGGGGUUGUGUUUUUUUAAUGGUAUGGCAUUCGGUGGGGUCUCCCUUUCAGGACUGAGCAGAUACAGUCUCAUCGUUGGCUGGUCUGCGAUUAAUCCUGUGUGUGUCUCUUAAAGAUUCCUGCUGGUGGAGGAAAAUACCCACACCCACCCUCGAGUCACUCCAUUACCUAAUUUUGUCCCUUUUUGUAAUGUCUCCGUUUCUCAGAAGGGUCCAGAAAAGUCGGUGAUCAUGAAAUUCCUUGCCCUGUUUUUCACAGCCGUCCUGCUGGGAGGUGAGUGGUGGAAUUGGAAGAGGUGGUUUGUCUUGAAUAAAAUCGGACGCACAGAACGAGCUAAGCACCCUUCGUCCCCUCUGUCCCAAUGCUCCUUAAAGGCUAGUUCAAGUGCAGCACAGACUUCUAUCCUCCGUGGGUGUGGAACUUCCACAAAUGGUGGCAGUAUACCUUGGUGAAGGGGGACAGACUGCAGCUGCGCUUGUGAGCUCUUCAGAAGCAACUGUCAAUGACACUAAGAACAGAGGGACCUUUGGUCCAACCCAGCAAAGCAGCUCUUAGUUUUAUGCCAUGGUUUGUUGGGAUAAUAUCGCUUCUUCACAAGUUGUGUGUGGCAUGAGCUAAUGUAAAGAGGGAAAGAGGGAUGAAGGUAGAUUAGACCCAUCAGAACAUCAGGGUUGCAUUGUGGGGAGCGGCCAGAAAUCUGAGCAAGCUUGACUUUUGUGCUUUAAAAUUAUGGGGAUGUUGGCCACAUGGGCUUUAAAACUCUGUCCUGCUCACUGUGCAAUUGAUGCUGCUUUAUAAAAAAAAUUGGACACUUGUCCAUCUAGCUCAGGGCUGUCUGCACUGGCUGGUAGCAGUGCCGGAUUUACGUAUAAGCUAAACAAGCUAUAGCUUAGGGCCCUACUCUCUUGGGGCCCCCAAAAAAAUUAAAGGAAAAAAACUGGAUGUUCAUUUCCAAAAUAUAAGAUAAAAAACAAAUUAAAUAAAACCAACAUACAGCAACAGUGUUUUGUGUUGUGUAGGCUCCUAGGAUGUAAGUAAUGGGCCCCACCUGCUAGCCUGCUCCCUAAAAUAUCACUGGUUUGCUCAUUUCUAUAUAUAGGGUGCCUACAUUCUGCAUGUGCAAAUGGCUUUAGAUACCUGUUAGGUCCAGAAAUUACCAUAUAGCAUAUAUUCAACACAAAAAGCAGCGACAAUCUGUUGUUGACAAAGGACAGCUGGACAUAUAAAGGGCCCCAUUACCUUUAGUAGCUGAGGUCCUCAUCAAACCUAAAUCCGGCCCUGGCUGGUAGCAUCUCUCAGGGGUACAGAACGGUUCACUUGUGUAACUGUGUAAUGUGUAAUAUGUAAUAAAGGAAGGGACCUAUUGCUGAUUGUGGAAGGAGGGAGCUGUAGAGUCCUUUGCCUCCUCUCAUUGCUUGGCAGCGCGGUGUAGUGGUUAGAGCAUGAGACUAAAACUUGGGGGAGAGCCAGGUUUAAAUUCCUGCUCAGAGAGGGUUGACUCUGAGUCAGCCGGCCUUGCCUACCUUGCAGGAUUGUUUGGAGGGUAAAGAGGGGAGUUCUCAGAAGGCCGGGCACGAUAAACCUGCAAACAAAUGGGAAGAAAAUGCAUCCUAAGGGGAAAGGUUGGGGUGGGCUUGGCUCCCCAGAAGGGAAGGCUCUGUGGGGGUCUGGACUGACCACCCUAGGCUGAAGUAGGUCGCUGUUUGCCUAUUCCGGCAUGCAGGUGCCUCGUCAAGGUUAGUUUAGGACUUGUGUUUAACAACCGCAACCUUUGGCCCCAUCAAUGGGUCACCCUAUCUAGGAAUGCUGAGUUGUGAAAGUAACAUCAGCCCUAGGAGCCGCUGGGAUUAAGUAAGGACGUUUGUGCCAUCAAUUGAUGACACAAGGGAAGGAGGUGUAAUGGCACUUCCAUCUGGGCUUGCGAAAUGACCGGCAUUUUGAACCAAAGCACUGGGCAGUCACAAACUACACGCUCAAGCCCUUCCACCCCAUUCCAGUCGCCGAGACACUAGCUAGCGAUGGGAAGAGGCGACAAGAUGGCGGCACUUCCCCCCUGCAACAGGAAGUAACUUUUUAAUUGGGGAUAUGUCUCCAACAAAGUUAUAUUCAGAGGAGGCCCAUUGAAAUCAAUGGACACAUGCCUAUUGUUUUUAAGUGGGUCUCCUCUGAGCAGGACUACGCUGCAUAAAUCCCUUCAUGUUUUGCCUCCUUGCCAUCACUCGCAGGAGUGUGGCUUUGCUGAUUCCAAGGGCCUCACUUUGUAAGUGGCUUGUGAAGGGGCCAUUAGAAUGUUGUUCUCUAUAUGAUCCCAAAAACUGUUUGAGCCAUUUUCUCCUCUCUCAGAAUGACUGGCUUAGGUGGGUAAAAAAGAUAAGAGCAAAGCUGAAUAGAUUAUUGUACCCCAGACAGGGGGCACAAGAAACAAAGCCCCAUCUUAUUGCUAUUAGUGCAAAUCACAUUUUUUACAUGUGAACACGUGUCGAGGUCCAUCAGGCAUUGAUGGAACAGACUGAAAUGUUUAUUAUUCAAGGUUGUAAAGAGAUAAGCAGACUCAGGAACGCAUAUUGCCAUGGCGUGGAGAGGCUGGUGUGAGGCCAUUGCAGGAAGAAGGGGGCAAGCAAGCCCAUAUAAGGUCAAGCCCAUAUAAGGACAUAGAAAGUUGCCAUAACUUUCGGUUUACAAAAGAUCAUGUGGUAUUCUAUUCUGCAAAUCUAUAUAAAGGGGGCACACCCUGACUAGGUGUGCAGAUUGUAAACUUAUUGCUCUGUACCUUUGUUUUGCAUAUGCAUUUCAAAUAAAAAAUCCUGUUAAUAACCUGCAAGGACGUUUUGCCCUUUUGUGUGAAUCUGUGCUCCAGGGACCCACGAGCAGAUAUGUGUGGUCCUUCACUUGCAACCUGGUGACAUAUUGACAGGCAUCCCUCAUUCAGCUUGGGGGGACGUGAGUUUGGCCUGUUUCUAGAUCCUUGAAUGUUUUCCUCCUUUCCCUAAUCCAUGCAGGCUCCUUGGCCAACCCUGUCCCGGAAGAAGGGACAAAAUCCAAAUGGGAGGAGACGGUGGAUGUCUUCAGGGAUGUAGUGACCAGGAUUGGGGAUGCAGCUGAUGAUGCCACUGCUCAAAUCAAGAGUUCGCAGCUCAGCAAGGAACUGGAGUGAGUGAUUUUGCUUCUUCCUUUUAAGUGGGUACAGGCGCUAGGUGGGGUUUUUUUUAUGACACAUGCUCAACUGGAGUUUUCACAGCCCAAGUGCAUACUCCAAAAAGUCCAAGCUCACAUUGCUCUUAAAUCUCAUAGAAUGACAUAGAUCUUAAGAUGGGUGAUAUCUGAUGAUUAGAACUGAAACAUAUUUUGGGGAGUGGGGUGGAAGUGAAGCUGUGUACCUUUACAGCACAUUCAAAGCAUGUUUCCUCACACACACACCCCCAAAGAAUUCUGGGCACUGUAGUUUGAUAAGUGCUCUUGGGAACUGUAACUGUGAGGGGUAAACUACUGUUCCCAUAAUUCUCUGAGGGAAAGAAUGCAUUUUGAAUGUGCUUUAAAGGUAUAGUAUGUACACAGCCCAUAUCACACUUACAUGGCAGGAAUCCCAAUCGGAAUUGUACAAUUUCUGAAGUUAAAAAAACCCUGGAUUUUAGAAUCUUCUCUUUUUGUUUGUUUGGACAUCAGCCCUUGGAAUUUUCAAAUUUGUCAGGUCCUUUGCAAAACGUUGCUUCAGUUCUUGCAUCCCUCAUUUGUUCUGGAACCAACAGAGCUUUGAAAUUUACUGGGGCCUGGCAUUAGAGACUGGCGUUGUCAGAUUGGUUCACACCCUGAAAUGGCCACGAUAUCUUCCAGAGUGGUUCCUCAUUACCUCCAGGCUCCUGCUGAAGGAUGAUUUAGGCUGUGCACACAUUGCCAGCUUGAAACACAAUUGGAUGUUCUUUUCCUCCAUAAUAAUAAUAAUUUAUUAUUUAUACCCCGUCCAUGUGUUUUCCCAGCCACUCUGGGCGGCUUCCAACAAAAGAUUAAAAAUACAUUAAAACAUCAGUCAUUAAAAACUUCCCUAAAAGGGAUGCCUUCAGAUGUCUUCUAAACGUUGGAUAGUGGUUUAUUUCUUUGACAUCUGGUGGGAGGCCGUUCCACAGGGCGGGUGCCACUACUGAGAAGGCCCUCUGCCUGGUUCCCUGUAACUUUGCUUCUCUCAAUGAGGGAACCUUCAGAAGGCCCUCAGAGCUGGACCUCCAUGUCCGGGCAGAACGAUGGGGGUGGAGACGCUCCUUCAGGUAUACUGGGCUGAGGCUGUUUAGGGCUUUAAAGGUCAGCACCAAUACUCUGAAUUGUGCUGGUUUGCAGGGGGAAAAUGCACCAAGACACAGUAUUCCGUAAGAAACAACAGGAUAGAUAUGGAUUGUGGAUAAUCAUCAUGUAAACACUGCUUUUUAAACCAGCACUGGGGUCACACUGGAUGCAGAGUAAACAAGAGUAUGUACCCAGCGUUAGUCAGCUUAAUUUGGUGAGCUUUUAUCUGAGUAAUAGUUGUUUGGAAGAAGAGUAGCAUAAAUCCCAGAACAGGUCCACUUUCUCUGCGGUGCUGACUGUGGAAGAUGUAAGUCACAAGCCGAUGUGAAAGAGUGUAGCCAGGAUAGACAGGGUUGGAUUAACCAUUAAGCAAAAUAAGCACAUCCUUAGGGCAUCAAUGGAAGGGGGAGGGUACCACAGAAAUUUCCCUUUGCCAGAUUUACCAUAUAGACCAGGGAUGUCCACAAAAACUGACUCCUGCUCCACCCCCUCGUCCCACCCUCCAUUGUUGUUUGAUCUCUGGAAGGGAAGAUGGAGCUUUCUCUGUGCCGCUGUUUUCAUCUGUAGCGAUCUUUUUGUGAGUGACCUUUGUCCCAUGCCUUUAGCCACCCCAAAAACAGAAGUCCCCCCCAAAACAGCUUUUUUUAACUCCUAAGAAACGGGGUUUUCUCCUCCUUAAAGCUCAACCACUUUGAGCUGAACCCCCGAAAAACAGGUGUGUGUGUGUUAGAUCACUGCCAGUUUUUAAUUCUGAAAGUAGAUCGCAGUCUCUUGAGAGUUGGCCACCCCUGAUAUAGACCAUAUGGUGCAGCUGAACGAAAGAAACAUUAUUCAUAUACGAAUAUAGGAAAAUAAACAUAAUUUUCCAUCUUACUGUAGGUUUUGUUUCAUUUCAAAAAAAGAAAGUUUUAUUUCACACUUUAUUACUGCUGAUAUUUUUAAUUAGAUAUCUACGGGGAUACCGAAAUCUUUUAAGCGCUUAGGGUCUCCAAAGGUCUGAAUCCUGCCCUGAGGAUAGAGGAAGCGGGAGACAUUAAAGGGGGAAGCUAAUGGCUGAUGAUUUAAAUGUGUUGCUUUGUUGUUUCCUGGAAGCUCUAAUAGCUAGAUUUUCCAACCACAAACACUUGGUUGGCACUUGUCAGUCGCAGGGACUGAAGCUCAGACUGGCUGAGUGGUUGACAGCUUUUUGUUCAUGGCUCAAACAGAGUCUGGUGACAGACGACCAUUUUAUCUCACAUGUAAGUCAAAUCUGACUUGGAGCCUUCUAUUUAAGGCUCUCUUAUAGCACUUUAACAGUCACAGAGAAUCCUGGGAACUGUAGUUUGUAAAAGUGCUAUGACUGUGACUUCAAUGCAACCAUAAUAAUAAUAAUAAUUCCUUAUUUAAAUGCCGUCCACCUGACUGGGUUUCCCCAGCCGCUCUGGGCGGCUCCCAACAGAAUAUUUAAAACACAAUAAAACAUCAAACAUUAAAAACUUCCCUAAGCAGGGCUGCCUUCAGAUGUCUUCUAAAAGUCCAUUAGUUGUUUAUUUCCUUGACAUCUGCUGGGAGGGCGUUCCACAGGGAAGGUGCCACCACCGAGAAGGCCCUCUGCCUGGUUCCCUGUAACCUCACUUCUUGCAGUGAGGGAACCACCAGGAGGCCCUUGGAGCUGGACCUCAAUGUCCGGGCUGAACGAUGGGGGUGGAGACACCCCUUCAGGUAUAUAAGGUCAAUGAGGCUGUUUAGGGCUUUAAUCAGCACCAACACUUUGAAUUGAGCUUGGAAAUGUACUGGGAGACGAUGUAAAUCCUCUUAAGACUGGUGUUAUACGUUCCUGGCCACCACUCCCAGUCACUAGUCCGGCAGCCGUGUUCUGGAUUAAUUGGUAAUUUCCAAGUCACCUUCAAAGGUAGCCCCACGUAGAGCACAUUGCAGUAGUCCAAGCAGGAGAUAUCCAGAUGAUCUGCAGGAGAUAACCAGUAGUCCAAGAAGGAUAACCAGAUGAUCUGCAGUUGCCAGUUUUGCUGGUGAGGUAUACGAGGGAUUUAAAUGUAUGGUGUGAAUGUGGCGCCAGGGUGGCCAAAUUCUCCUUGCCACUUAGCAGGCUGGUACAAGCACCCAUGUUCCUCCAAGGUGGGCAAGCUCACCUCAGGAUAGAUUGGUGGUCUGCAUGGCCUCUCCGUCUGGAGAGUUCUGAGGCCUGCGAGAAUUAUGGCGGCAGGGCCUAAUGCUAGAGAAUGACCAGGGUGACACGCUUCUGACCCUUCCCUGCUACCUCCUCCUUCUCCACAGUGGCUUUAUCACAGACACCAUGGCGGAGCUGGACCUCUACACAGAGAACCUGCGCUCCAAGAUAGGCCCCUACGCCCAGGAUGUGCAGGAGCGCCUGACGACCGAAAUGUCGGCCUUGUCCGAGAAGCUGCGGACCGACAUGGAGGAGACCAAGGGCAAGGUGGUCCAGUACACCAACGACGCGCGCCUGAUGCUCAACCACAACAUGGAGGUGCUGCGGUCCCAGUUCAACCUCUACAUGCGCAAGAUGAAGAAGCGCCUCACGAAGGACGUCGACGACCUGCAGAGGAAGUUCGAAGCCUACAGGGCGGAGGUGCAGACCAGCGCAGACGAGAAGGUGGAAGCCAUGCGCCAGAGCCUGGAGCCCUAUUUCUCCAAAAUCCGCGAGAAGGGGCAGCAGCGUUUCCAGGCCCUGGCGCAGGCCGUCGGCGAGCAAGGGAAGAUGGUCCACGAGCAACUCAACAGCCGAGCUCAGGAGUUGAAGGACUCCUUUGACCAGACGGCCGAAAAGGUGCGCGAGUGGUUUGCUCCCUUGGUGGAGGACCUCACCACCCGGAUCCAGGCCCUUGUGGAGAAAGUCAAGGAGGCUCAGGCGCAGGUGCAGGCACAGGCAGAGGCCUAAGGCCUGUGCUCCCAGGAAGAGCAACAUGGCUGAGCUCCGUUUCUAUGGGAACCAAGAUGGCUCUCUUUGGCUGGGCAGGCAUUGACGGUCCUUGCUGUAUACUAACCUCACACCGCACGGCAGGUCCCCCUCCCUGUCCAGCUCUACUUGGCCAGAGUGCUGCCAUUUUGGCCAAUUAACAUUCCACACACUUUUCUCUGGUGACCAGCACUUUCUAGGUCUUCCAUUAGUAACCGCUGUUGCACCUGCGAACCACUGACAAGAACAGGGCGCUCUGCCCUGUUUCCCCAUUUUAACACCUCACACCCAAGACACUUGUGUCAUUCCUUUCACCACAAUUUCUUGGCUUUCCUGGUGUUUUUUUCUUUCUUUCUUUCCCAUUUUGACCUGUUAACUGAAUAAAAUGUACUUUGGAUACAGGGGUCUCCCUUUCUUGUGAUGGA